AGCAGAAGCGGCGGCGGCGGCGGCCUGAGCGCGGUCCUCUGAGCCAUGUCAGCGGGGAGCGCGGGGCAGCGGGAGCCCGGGGCCUCGGGAGGGCGCCGCAGCAAAUGGGACCAGCCUGGGCCAUCUCCGGCUCUUUUCCUCCUUCCUGCGACCACCCCUGUGGCUGGCCGUCCCGUCCAGGGCAGCGGAGACGGCAUGUCUGGGAUGUCGGGGUCUGAGGGCUCAGCGGCCCCUCUGGGAGCUCUAGAUGCGGCUGCUGCGGUGGCAGCAAAAAUCAAUGCCAUGUUAAUGGCCAAAGGGAAGCUGAAACCGACAAUGCAUUCGGCAGACAAGCUUCAAGCUCCUGGCAAAGGCCCAGCUGCAAGCAAAAGCAAAGAUGACCUUGUCGUAGCAGAAGUGGAAAUAAACGACGUGCCCCUGACGUGCAGGAACCUCCUGACAAGAGGACAAACGCAGGAUGAGAUAAGCAAGCUGAGUGGUGCCGCCGUCUCGACUCGGGGGAGAUACAUGACUGCAGAAGAGAAAGCAAAAAUUGGGCCUGGAGAUCGUCCACUGUACUUGCAUGUCCAGGGGCAGACGAGAGAACUGGUGGACCGAGCUGUAAACCGCAUCAAAGAAAUCAUUACUAAUGGCGUCGUAAAAGCUGCUACCGGAUCCAGUCCAACAUUCAACGGAGCUACGGUUACAGUCUACCACCAGCCUGCUCCCAUCACUCAGCUGCCUCCAGCAGUUGGCCAGAAGCCUCCGUACCAGUCAGGGGGGAUGCACUAUGUCCAGGACAAGCUGUUUGUUGGCUUGGAGCAUGCCGUCCCUACUUUCAACGUCAAGGAGAAGGUCGAAGGCCCGGGUUGUUCCUACUUGCAGCACAUCCAGAUUGAGACCGGUGCCAAGGUGUUCCUCCGGGGCAAAGGCUCCGGCUGCAUUGAACCCGCCUCCGGCCGAGAAGCCUUUGAGCCGAUGUACAUUUACAUCAGCCAUCCAAAACCAGAAGGCCUUGCAGCUGCCAAAAAGCUCUGCGAGAACUUAUUACAAACGGUUCACGCUGAAUACUCGCGGUUUGUAAACCAGAUCGCCACGGCGGUGCCCAUAACAGGGUUCGCGCAGCCUGCGGCUAUAGUGACCGUUCCUCCUCAGCCGCCGUAUUAUCCACCCAACGGCUUCCAGGCUGGCUACCCGGUGGUUCCGCCACCUCAGCAGCCAGUGCAGCCUCCUUAUGGGGUGCCAGGCAUCGUGCCUCCCGCGGUCCCCUUGGCUCCAGGCGUGUUGGCACUACCCACCGGAGUCCCACCUGUGCCCACCCAAUACCCAAUCACCCAGGUGCAGCCUCCUGCUAGCACUGGCCAGACACCGCUGAGCACCCCUUUCCUUCCUGCUGCUCCCGUAAAGACGACCUUGCCAGCCAGCACGCAGCCGCCAGUGCAGCCCCAGUCCCAGCCGGGUCAGAAGAGGCGGUUCACGGAAGAGUUGCCGGACGAGCGCGAAUCUGGGCUGCUGGGAUACCAGCAUGGACCCAUUCAUAUGACUAAUUUAGGUACAGGCUUCUCCAGUCAGACCGAGAUGGACGGAACGGGUUCGAAGCCAGCAAGUUCCUCAGGAAAGGAGAGAGAGAGGGACAGGCAGCUGAUGCCUCCGCCGGCUUUGCCAGUGACCGGAAUGAAGUCAGAGCCUGAAGACAGAAACGGGUCCUUGUUGGGCGGCAACGAUCAUUCAGCUAAGAAGAUGAAAACGGGCGAAAAGGUAUUUGGGCUGGUGGCGUAUGCCGGGGACUCCUCAGAUGAAGAGGAAGACCAUGGUGGUCAUAAAAACGCAAGUAACUACUCACAGACAUGGAAUUUAGGAUACCAGUACCCUUCUUCACAGCAGCGAGCUAAGCAACAGAUGCCAUUUUGGAUGGCACCAUAGCUGCCUGCCGCCAACUCCUAUAUCUGUUGUCUCUCUCAAGCAAUAACGCAUGUAUAUCAUCAAACAAUCUUUGCAAACUGUACAUCGUCCCUGACCUGACCUCUUUGCACAAGCUUGAUGCAGUAUGCCCUUUCUGUGGCUGGGGCUCUUCGCCCCCCCUUCUCUUUUUAAAAAAAGAACUCGCUAUUUCUGCGGUGGACUCAUCCGUCAUAGGCAACUUUAAAAUCACAGGCGAAUCGGAACACAAUCGCAGAUAACCGUGUUGGCGUCACGCUCUCAAGGAAUGUCCUCUGUCUCCUACCGUUCCUCUCCACCACCACCUUGGCUUAUCGUGCACCUAUUCUUGGCUUUGGAGGAGGAAACAGCCAACCAAGCUCCUAACUGAAUCUGCUGCUUGUAUUUCUGUUUUAUAAGUGGAAUUUAUUUUUGCGUGUGAUGCUUAGACUUCUGACUAGGAAGGGGUGGGUGGGUG